GUUUAAACGAGUGCUCCUUGGCCGAUUUUUUAACCAGAACUGGAAUCAGUCGCCGUCGCUACUACAAGAUGAGUAACAGGAGCAGCCUCAGUCACACGUAAAGCAAAACAUGCAAUCAAAAGAUACCACAGCAGAUGGAGAAUUCAGCGUGUCUAUUGAUUUACGAGGAAAAGGACACUGCUGCUUUCAGAGACACCCAUUACUUUCAUCCGGAAUUGAACAAGCACAAAAUAGGUCAUUUGCAAUAGAAACCCAAGCAUCACCUGACCAAACCAGUCCUGUUAUGAAAUCAAACGAAAAGAAGCGAAGAACUUCAAGUGAAUGGAUGAGGAAAUAUUUCUUAGAAGGUCAAGCUUUGACUCCUACUCAGACCCAGGCUCUUGAAACACUCGAUCCGAGCGCGCCAUGGUAUCAGAGGCUCAUUGUCAAGCACCGCCGGCUAAUGGGCGUAACUAUUCCAUUUAUUUUCUUUCAAGUCAUAUGGUGGAGUUGUGCCAUCAAGUACAACUUCUGGAGCUUGUUUCCUGGUAGAUAUUUCAUGACAAUAACAAUGGUUCUCGGUUCCAUGAUUGCAGGAAUGACAAGUGAAGGUGGAGGCGCAGUCGCUUUUCCCGUCAUGACCCUCGCUUUUAGUAUUGCACCAGAAGUAGCACGUGACUUUUCACUUAUGAUUCAGUCCUGUGGUAUGACAGCAGCGGCUUUCACCAUCUUCUGGAUGCGCGUGCAGCUUGAAUGGCACUCCGUGACAUUCUGCUCCCUCGGAGGAAUCUUCGGUAUGAUAAUCGGCUUAGAGUUUAUCGAUCCUCAACUCACCCCUCCCCAGAAAAAAAUGGGAUUUGUAUGCAUGUGGUUUGCAUUCGCUUUUGCUCUGUUUCUUUUGAAUCGCAAUCACAAGCGGAAAACAUAUACGACUAUCCCAGAAUUCAAAUUGUGGAAGCUCAUUGUACUUCUACUGACCGGAUUGAUCGGUGGAAUAUUCUCAGCUAUCGCAGGAAGUGGCGUAGAUAUCUGCAGCUUCAGCGUUCUCACCCUUCUCUUCCGUGUAAGCGAGAAGACCGCCACACCUACGUCUGUCAUCUUGAUGGCAGGAAACACAGUAGUGGGCUUCUACUGGCGUCAAGUCAUCCAGCAAGCGGUGAGUGCCGAGGCAUAUCAUUACCUGGCAGUUUGCGUGCCUAUCGUUGUGUUGGGUGCUCCAGUGGGAUCCGUGAUUGGGAGCCAUUUUCAUCGUCAGAUUCUAGCAAGUUUGAUCUAUCUUUUGGACACUGUUGCUCUUAUAAGUGCUUUUUUAAUCGUGCCUCUCUCAAAUGCUUUGAUUAUGGCCUCCGUGGGUAUCAUAGCGUUCGGAUUUUUCUUCUUUGGGCUGAUAGCUUAUGUUGGAAAAAGAAUAAUGGAAGGAGUUGAAAACAUAAGAGAACGACAAAGACAAGGCUGUUGUGAGGAAGAUGCCGAUGAAAAUAGAAUGGAAUCAACUGCUGCAGUUAAAACCGUUUACGACAAAGACAAAGGUCGUCGUGUUGAUCUUGAAACGCUAGAAGUGGCCCAGGGGAAAAGUAAAAAAUUAAGGGUACAAGAUGUGCAAAAGCUGGACACACUUUACGAGGUGUAAAAGAAAAAUUGUGAAUUGGCCAUUGUUAUGUUGUAGAUUGCUUGCGAAAUACAUUGGCUCCGAACACCAAGAUGUCAAUCAGUAGAAGUAUGAUGGUGAAUAUCAACCCGAUCAUGAUUGAAUAUAUACGAAUAUAUUUAUGUCUUAUCCCAGAAGAAGAAAAUGGGGACUCGUAGCUUUUUUACUUUGUGAAACGCUCGUGACAAUGCGAACGACAUACUUCUUGCAUGAAGUGACCUCUUCCUUCAUGUCGAAAUUAUCUAUCAAAAAUAUUUUUAACUUUAAAUUUCUUAAUUGCGUAUUUGUGAGGUCCUCCAAAGGUUAUUAACUUCAAAAUGUACAUGCUUAGUGAAAAUCUUAGAAAGGGCACGCUCUCCAUACACGCUCACAUGCAUUUGUCUAUUUGUAAUAGCCUUAAUUAUUGCCCCCUCACCCCUCCCCCCAAGUAGUCCCGUCUAUAGUGGUCUGAUUUUGCUGCACGCUUCUAGUGGUGAUUGUUGUAAUAACACAGACCGCGCACGCUCGACAGAAUAUCGAUAGGUAUAAUGUACGUUUCUGUCUUGUCGAAAAUGCGCCUUUUAAAGAAUGUUAAUGAUGAAUUCGGGUCAAAACGAGCUCUUAUAACGCGAACGAGACGAAAAGCUUAAAAUGCAUUAUGCUUGAUUAGCAAGUAUUUUAUUACUCGUACAAAUCAAUCUGCCUCUACUCGUGGACUGUGUCGCGGAAAAAAAUAUUCCUUGCAUACAUGAGCAAAUCUGAUGCUGCUCAAUAAAAUUGCGCUUAAGUAGACAUUCCCUACUAAAUUUCAUUGACAAAUGUACUUGUAAAUUUAUUUACCCAAGAAAAGUUUGUUGUUAACAAUUUUGAGUAGGGUCAAAUCAAUUAUCGUGGCAUAAUUUAGGACAAAAUGCUAUAUUCAAUGCCACGAGCUUAUCGUCGGCAAAUUGACCGAAAUUCUUGAAAAUUCCCUUGAUGUUACAGUCCAACAUGAGAUAAAAUCCUUAGCCUGAAUAUUGUCAACAGCGAGCCUGCUUUUCUUGCUGGCACUUUAGGAAUUCUAAUCCAGAAAAGAAAACUAUUAAGCGUUACUACCGGUAUUUUGAAUUAUUUCUG